AUGAUUGCUGCAGAUGAGAAUAGCUUUUAUCUUGGGUUACCUUGUAUCAUUGGUCGCAAAAAGAAAGCUAUUUUAGGUUUUCUUAAGGAGAAAAUGCAUAAAAGAAUUCUAAGUCGGAAAGGAAAGUUUCUCUCAAAGGCAGGUCGAGAGGUGUUGUUAAAAACUCUUGCUCAAGUCUUCUCUAGCUAUGCUAUGCCUAUUUUUAUUCUUUCAUUGGAGACCUACAGUGAAUUAGAGAGAAUGAUGUAUAAGAAUUUGUGGGGUAAUUCUAAGAAGUUUAGAGGAGUUAGUUGGAUGAGCUGGAAUCGUCUCUUUAAACAUAAAAGCUCGGGUGGUCUUAGUUUUAGAAGCCUUCAUGAUUAUAAUUUAUCUCUUUUGAACAAACAAGCUUGGAGGUUGUUGCUUCAUGAGUCUUCUCUUGUUGGUCGUAUUUAUAAAGCCAUGUACUACUCCCAUGGGACUUUUCUUUUAGUUGUGUUGGGACAACACCCAAGUUUUAUUUGGAAAAGUAUUUUUGAGACUCAAGGUCUUAUUACAGCAGGAGCCCGUAUUCGUAUUGACUCUAAUUUUAGUGUACAUAUCCUCAAUUCUCCAUGGUAUGUCCAUAACUCUUUUGUCAUUAGUUCUCAUUUAAGUCGUGCUGGUGCAAAAGUUAAUCAAUUAAUGACUAUGGAUGGUUUUCAGUGGGAUAAGGAGAUUGUUAAUAAUUUGUUUGAACCUAGAGAUUAUGAUCUUAUCUUAAGUCUUCCUCUUAGUUCUUCUACUUUGGAAGACAAUUGGUUUUGGUUACACUUACAUGAGAAUUUAGGCUUUUAUACAGUUAAGAGCAACUAUCAUUAUUUGCAGGCUUUCAAAGGAAAAUGA